CCCUCAUUCACUUCACGUAGUUUCACGUAGUUAAAUUGAGUAUCGUUAAAUUCGGAGGAUCGCAAGCAAGUGAACUAGCACUAGACGAAACGAGUGAUUGAGACCACCAUGUUCAACCAUGAAUGAAAAUUCAUCGGGAGACGCAACAAUCUCGCGGUUAGCCUGAGGGUCCCCAUGAUCCAUGGAUCGAGUUGUGAUAUUCGAUUGUUGAUUCGAGGGUUGGCCGUUGAGUGCGAAGAUCGUGCGAGGAAGUGAGUCAGAGAAUCGAACUAUUUACCGAAAGUAUAUAUCAAUGGUGAGAGAAUUAGAAUCGUAGAAUCUAAUUACAACACCUUGGGAAGGAUCAGCGUCGAAGGAAACGCUGAGAGAGAAUCUAAGGAGAGAUCCGAGGGACGUUUAGGUUCUCAGGUGGAGUAUCGAUUGGAUCGUUAUCGUUGGAUCGUUUCAUCCGGUGACGGUGCUUCGGUAUCGGUUUCGGUUAGAGACGGUAAGGAAAGAAAAAACGUAUAUAUCUUGUGUGAAAGUUUCAUGGUGCGCGAGUGCUCCCUGGAGACUUUCUGUUAGCUGGGCUCCGCGGAUGUUCCCGUGCUGAGGUGGUUCCUGGUUCGUCGCUGGAUCGUCGAUGUGAUCCCACCCGAUUCGUGGAGAAUGAUCUUGGUGUACGGGAUCAUCCUGCCCCUCGUGGGAAGUCUCGCGUACGCGCAAGAACUGAAGUGCGGCCAUCCGGCUGUGCCGAUGAACGCCAAGGUAUCGCUGUCUGAUGAAUCCUUGAGGGCUGGCACCGUAGCGAGAUACACCUGCGAUGCAGGCUACGAACUCUUUGGAAUUGGCAGCUUGGUGUGCAACCCACGAGGAAAAUGGCAGGGUGACCUACCGUUUUGUGGUACAAACGUGGGUUUUCGUAAACCGGCGAAUCAAUCGACGACCGUGAGAGGUGGAAACGCGAAUCAUGGUAAUGACGGUGACUUCGGCACGGAACAUGAUGGGAAAAGAUGCACGGAAACCCAGAGCGAGCCCAGUCCUUGGUGGAAGGUCGACCUUCUCAAGCCAUAUUCUGUUAAGGUCGUCAGGGUGACAACACGAGGCUGUUGCGGUCAUCAGCCUCUUCAGGAUAUUGAGAUAAGAGUAGGCAACAGCAGCGCUGAAUUGCAGCGCAAUCCUCUGUGUGCCUGGUUCCCCGGUACUAUUGAGGAGGGCAUCACGAAGACCUUCAUCUGUGCUAGGGCACUCGUAGGCCAGUACGUAUUUUUACAACUUGUCGGUGUGGAAGGUAGUUUGAGCCUCUGCGAGGUGGAAGUUUUCGCUACGGACGAAUUUUCGAUAGACAGAUGCGCACACGCCGGCACACCCGCCGACGCCGACUUGGCUGCUUUCAAUUCCACGUGUUACGAAUUCAUAGUAAAGAAGGGCGGCUCGUUCCAGGAGGCGAAGAACUAUUGCAAAACUCGCGGUGGCGAUCUCGUUCACGGUUUCAAGGGAAUAUCGUCUACAUUUAUCCUGAAUAAUCUAGAGAGGCGGAAGGAUAAGUUGAAGACUCAGUUGGUUUGGAUUGGGGCUCAGAAGGAACCGCAGAUCACCGUUCGAACGUGGCGAUGGGUGGACGGCGAGAUCGUGCAGAAGCCAUCCUGGGGCAAGGACCAACCGAACAACUACAACGGCGAGCAAAACUGCGUCGUGCUGGACGGAGGCCGCGGCUGGCUCUGGAAUGACGUCGGCUGCAAUCUCGAUUACCUUCACUGGAUCUGUCAGAGCAGGCCACCGACCUGUGGCAGUCCCGAGAAAUCGGAGAACACUAUAAUCGUGGGAUCCAAGAGAACGAUAGGCUCUACGAUAGAUUACGCUUGUCCAGACGGAUAUAUGCUCGUUGGAUCGAAGAGCAGAACGUGCGAACUAACCGGAUUUUGGAGCGGUGACGUGCCUACAUGCAAAUUCGUCGACUGCGGUGCGCUGCCGGAUUUGAAGAAUGGCUUUAUCACGUUAUUGGACAAUAGAACCACACACGGCGCUCUCGCAGAUUACAAAUGUAAGGAAAAUUACACGCUAAAGGGUGACACGAAACGAAGAUGCGGCGACGGUGGCAUCUGGAGCGGUCACGAACCACAGUGUCUAUUCGAUUGGUGUCCUGAACCACCGGAAGUAAACGGUAGUAUCGUGACAACUAACGGAACAAAAGUCAACUCCACUGCCACAUAUUCCUGCCAAAAUGGAUUUAUUUUGUUCGGAGAUAAUGUGCUCACAUGCAAUGUCGGUGGCGAAUGGAUCGGCAAAACCCCACAAUGCCGAUUCGUCGAUUGCGGGGCACCAGCCCAAAUUGAAUUUGGAUCUGUCGUUCUAAUUAACGGCACAACUUCGGUAGGCAGUUUAGCUAUUUAUUCGUGCCUACGAGAUUAUUUGCUGAUAGGUGAGACAGAACAAGAGUGCACCAGAGAGGGCAAAUGGAGUCACGAUACACCAUCAUGCGAAUUGAUCUCGUGUCCGACUCCGGAUGUGCCCACUGGAGGAUUCGUGGUAGGAUAUGAUCUGAAUGUUCACAGCGUCAUUGUGUAUCAUUGUGACGCGGGUUAUUUGCUUCACGGCGAGGCGAAACAUACAUGCGGUCAAAACGGCAAAUGGACAGGACAGAUGCCGAUUUGCGAAUACAUCAAUUGCGGUAAGGUUCUUCCGAUUUUAAACGGCGCUGUAACCUACGUGAACGAUACAACUCAUCUUGACAGCGAAAUCGCGUACAGCUGUACGAGGAAUUAUAGACUAAAUGGAGUCUCGAGGCGAUAUUGUCUCGACAACGGUCAAUGGAGCGAUGCCACUCCGAAAUGCGAAGAGAUCCGCUGUCCGGAACCUAUACUGGCGGAGCACGGGAUUCUCUCGGUGACCGGAAACGAUCGAAUGUACGGAAGAACGUUGAUACGCACGGGAACCGUCGAGAACUCAAAUACAGGCGCGACUUCGUACAAGAUUGGAGCCCUGGCGAAAUACAGGUGCGAGAGAGGAUACAAGGUAGUCGGAGAACCUUUGUCCACCUGCGAAGAGAAUGGAAAGUGGAGCGGCGAAGUGCCGCAAUGCGUCUAUGUCGAUUGUGGAAAACCUGAGUACAUUCAACACGGACAUUACACGUUGACAUCCAAUGCAACAUAUUAUGGAGCAGCUGCACUUUACGAGUGUGACGGCAAUUUCGAGCUAGAUGGAUUUGCCAGAAGGCUGUGUCUUGAAAACGGCACCUGGAGUAGCGAUACCCCCGUUUGUCGAGAAAUACGAUGCAGAGAUCCGGAAAAAAGUGGCGUACUAUCUACGCAAGUGUCAACUCAUAGUGUGGGCGGUGUGGCGCACUAUAGUUGUCCACGUGGGUUUUACAUGGAAGGAAAUGAGACUAGGAUUUGUUUACAAAAUGGAUCCUGGAGCGGGAGAACGCCCGCUUGUUUCUCGGUUGAUUGCAAGCAUCCGGGAUCAAUAGAGAACGGUAGAGUGAUAGUGGUGAACGGGUCAACGACUUAUGGAGGAGCCGCAGAAUAUCAUUGCUUACCGCAGUACGAAAGAAUCGGCAUAUUCUUGAGAAAGUGUUUGGACACAGGAUACUGGAGCGGCGAGGAACCAAGAUGCGAAUUGGCUGCGAAUGAGAUCGCGGAGCCUCAAGGUGUUGGCACGAGCGUUGGCAUCGGAGCAGGCGUUAUUAUUUGUAUAUUAAUUAUCCUCGGACUAGUCUACCUUAGGCUACGAAAAGCUACGCCGGUGAAAAACACCGAGAACGUUCAAGCCGCGGAACGGAAAGAGGACCAAAAUGCCGCCGUCAUGUCUUACGCUACGUUGAACGACGGCACGCAUAAUACCAUGUACGAGAACGUCCCCGAGGAUGGUCUCUACGAUAACCCCUAUAGCAUAGGUGGCAGUGCGUACAGAUACGGCGGCCACCCGAGAAGAAUGUAUGGCAGAUCCGGACAUUAUGAAGCGGAACCAAUUCCUAAUAGGAACGGGAUCACUAUCAACGGCGUGUCUGUACGAUAGCUCGUAAUUCUAUUGGAUUGACUUUCUUCUACAUCCACGUCGGAAAUCAUGAAAAAGAUUGUCCUUAAUUUCACAAUUUCGCACGAUUUUUAUCAUUUGAGACGUGUACAAAAAACACCGAAGAACUUGUUAUCGUUAUUUAUAUUAUCGUCUAUAAUUCAUGUAAAUAAUGUGCGAGAAAGAGGGUGUGAUGUGUGUGUGUGUGUGUGUGUGUGUAGUAAAGAUAUGUUAGAUAAAAUUACACACCGACGAGACUUUUUUCUCUGAGGAUCAACUAUUUUGUAUGAUUCUGUAUAUACGGUGUAUUGAUUAUUUAGAUUUCAUUACACUUAACUUCUAAGUAAUACAUUGUAAUGUAAGUUUACGAUUGUAUAAAUAAAGAAAUCAGUGUUGUACUUCA